CCAAUCGCAACGCAGAAGGCGGUGCUUAAGGAACGGCAGGUUAUGGGGUUGUGUUUAAUUCAGAGCAGGAGACACGAGGAGGUAGAAGGGCAGUAUUCCUCUGAGAACAAACAUGGCUGGAAAGAUUCAGGCUCUGACAUUGGAGGAGAGGGAGCAGCUCCUCCCUAUGCUCCACAACUCGCAGUGGUCUGAAGUAGUGAGCAGGGAUGCCCUUUACAAGGAGUUUGUUUUCAAAGACUUUAAUCAGGCCUUUGGGUUCAUGUCUAGAGUAGCACUACAGGCUGAGAAAAUGGACCAUCAUCCAGAGUGGUUCAAUGUUUACAAUAAGGUUCAUAUUACUCUCAGCACACAUGAGUGUGGAGGACUGUCUAAGCGUGACAUUACUCUUGCUACUUUCAUUGAUCAAGUCUCAGUGUUGUGAGGACAAGUCUCUCUCUGUUCCGCAGAAACAAAUCAGACACCUUAUGCCUCGCACUGCUGGUUUUCACAUACAAAUCAAACCCGAAUUGAAAAUCUUUGAUUGCCUGUUACACGGAAAAUAUUAAUAAAACCACAGGAUGCAUUAUCUGUAAAUUAAUAAUGCUAUGAUGAUAAUGGAGCUUUUUGUGCAGGAUGGCUACAUCUUAUAGCUGAAACCCAGCAUCAUCUCUGUCCUGGAAAAAGUAUUGUGCCUUUAUUUUCUAUUCAGUAUGCACCAGGUAUUGCUGUCCUUACAAACUCAACUUACAUGUUUCUCAUCCACUGUGAUGUUUAAACCCACAAUUAUUACUGAAAUAAAGCAGAGAUUUUGUCUGUCA